AUGGAAGGCAAAACUUUGAUUAUAAGUAUGCUCGUAAUGAGCCUCUUCAUGGCACAAAUCCAAGUCGAUGCAAAGAGCUGCUGUCCUAACACCUUUGCUAGAAAUAUCUAUAAUACUUGCCGCUUUUUCAAAUUUCCCAGGGAAGACUGUAGAAAGAACAGUGGCUGCACAUUCGUUACUAGUGGUACAUGUCCUGACGGAUUUCCUAGGGAUAAUCUCGAAAACACAGGUGAUGUUGUAAGUGAAUACUGCAAGGUUGGAUGUGUAUCCUCUGUGUGCAGUGCUUUAACCACUCUUCAGACCUCCGAUGCAAGUGAAAUCGUGAAUAAAGCUGCUGGAAAUUGUGCCUUGGCAUGUUCUACAGUCUGCACCAAGGGUUCGAUGAAUGCAGUGGAAACUGCCUAGACAACCAUAUC